AUGCAAGAUGACAAAUACAAAGUCAAAUAUGGUGAAGUAGCAGAAAAGUUGGGGAAACAGAAAGUUUUAUUAGCAUUGUCCGGGGGAGAGUCAUCUUUAGUAUUACUUGAUAUUAUGUCCUCUUUAUUGCAAGAGCAGUUCGAAGCACAUAAAGGAAGACAAGGGUUUGAAUUGGUUGUUGUGAACUUGGAUGAAUACAAAUUAAAGUCUCUUAAUUCACAAUGUCAAGACGUGAUUCCUAAAUUAUUGGAAAGAUAUACGCAAGUGAAGUUGUCUUUCAAAGUUUUAUCCUUGGAUUCAUACAUUGACCAAGAUACAUUGAAGUAUAUAUCCUUGAACAAAGAUUUCACAGGGUUUGUACAGGAAUUGCAUCGUACCAAAGAAUAUACAUUAAAUGAAUUAUUGGAAUCUUGUCAAGAUAAAUCCUCCGCGGAAGAUUUGCUUUCCAUUGUCUAUGAAAGUUUAAUCCUAAAAACUGCCGAAGUUGAAGGAUGUGAAACUAUAGUGUAUGGACAUAGUAUGACCAGAAUAGCUAAUGAAAUCAUUGCAUUAACUAUCAAGGGAAGAGGUUCUAUAAUUCACAAGGCUAUAGCUGACCAUACCACAACUUACAAUAAUAAGGAGUUCAAGAUUUUAUUCCCGUUAAGGGACGUUUUGUAUGUGGAACUUUUGGCAUAUGCUCAAUUAGCAGAGUUGACGCCUUAUAUCCUCAUUUCAACCAUACAAAAGUCCAAAAUUACAAAGAACUUAACCAUCAGGGAUUUGACUACCAAUUACUUCAAGAACUUGGAUGCAACCGGGUAUGCGUCAACCGCCUCUACCGUGGUUAAAACCGGGGAAAAAAAUAUUACUGUGAAUGAUGCAGCACCAGUUACCACUGAUGAAGAAAUGAAGUAUUUGGAAUUGUUUAAAGCCAGUUUGGAAACUGGGGGUGUUUCUGAAGGUGUUGCUAAAGAACCAGUUAGUAUUUGCUAUGCAUGUAUUGUUACCUUGAGUGGAGUUAAGAAGGAUAAUUUUAUUUGGCCAGUUAUAGACGACAAACCUCAACAUGAUACUCCCUUGCAAUUUGUAUAUACAAACGAUGAAGAAGAAAAGAAGAAGGUGUUGGAUGAAUUCAUUUUGACUGACGAUGAAGAAGGUAGCUAG